GAGGUGGCUUCAGCUCCACUGAGCCCGGGCUUCAGGCUUUCACUGGUCCUCGUGGUGCCGAUGGGAAUGGGUGAAGCCCACCUGGCCACUUCCCAGCGGCCAUCAUCUCACUAGGGCCUCCCCGUGGCAUUAGGAUGCACCUCUCAGCCGUGUUCAAUGCCCUCCUGGUGUCUGUGCUGGCAGCGGUCCUGUGGAAGCAUGUGCGGCUGCGUGAGCACACGGCCACUCUAGAGGAGGAGCUGGCCCUCGGCCGACAGGCCCCGGAACCAGGCCCAGCACUACGGAUCGACUACCCAAAGGCACUGCAAAUCCUGAUGGAGGGCGGCACGCACAUGGUAUGCACAGGCCGCACGCAUACGGACCGGAUCUGCCGCUUCAAGUGGCUCUGCUACUCCAACGAGGCCGAGGAGUUCAUCUUCUUCCACGGCAACACCUCUGUCAUGCUGCCCAACCUGGGCUCCCGGCGCUUCCAGCCAGCCCUGCUCGACCUGUCCACCGUGGAGGACCACAACACCCAGUACUUCAAUUUCGUGGAACUGCCCGCCGCUGCCCUGCGCUUCAUGCCCAAGCCAGUGUUUGUGCCCGACGUAGCCCUCAUCGCCAACCGCUUCAACCCCGACAACCUCAUGCACGUCUUCCAUGAUGACCUGCUGCCACUCUUCUACACCUUGCGGCAGUUCCCCGGCCUGGCCCACGAGGCGCGGCUCUUCUUCAUGGAGGGCUGGGGCGAGGGUGCACACUUCGACCUCUACAAGCUCCUCAGCCCCAAGCAGCCUCUCCUGCGGGCACAGCUGAAGACCCUGGGCCGGCUGCUAUGCUUCUCCCAUGCUUUCGUGGGCCUCUCCAAGGUCACUACCUGGUACCAGUAUGGCUUCGUCCAGCCCCAGGGCCCGAAGGCCAACAUCCUCGUCUCAGGUAAUGAGAUCCGGCAGUUUGCACGGUUCAUGACGGAAAAGCUGAACGUGAGCCGCACAGGAGCUCCCCUGGGUGAGGAGUACAUUUUGGUCUUCAGCCGUACCCAGAACAGACUCAUCCUGAAUGAGGCGGAGCUGCUGCUGGCACUGGCCCAGGAGUUCCAGAUGAAGACAGUGACGGUGUCCCUGGAGGAUCACACCUUUGCAGAUGUUGUGCGGCUGGUCAGCAACGCCUCCAUGCUGGUCAGCAUGCAUGGGGCCCAGCUGGUCACCACCCUCUUCCUGCCCCGUGGGGCAGCUGUGGUGGAACUCUUCCCAUAUGCCGUCAAUCCUGACCACUACACCCCUUAUAAGACGCUGGCCACACUGCCUGGCAUGGACCUCCAGUAUGUAGCCUGGCGGAACAUGAUGCCAGAGAACACAGUCACACACCCUGAGCGGCCCUGGGACCAGGGGGGCAUCACCCACUUGGACAGGGCCGAGCAGGCCCGAAUCCUGCAGAGCCGUGAGGUCCCGCGGCACCUCUGUUGCCGGAACCCUGAGUGGCUCUUUCGAAUCUACCAGGACACCAAAGUGGACAUCCCGUCCCUCAUUCAAACCAUACGGCGCAUGGUGAAGGUCCGGCCAGGGCCGCGGAAACAGAAGUGGACAGUCGGCCUGUACCCAGGCAAGGUGCGGGAGGCUCGAUGCCAGGCAUCAGUACAGGGCGCCUCCGAGGCCCGCCUCACUGUCUCCUGGCAAAUCCCAUGGAACCUCAAGUACCUGAAGGUGCGGGAGGUGAAGUAUGAAGUGUGGCUGCAGGAGCAGGGGGAGAACACCUACGUGCCUUACAUCCUGGCUCUGCAGAACCACACCUUCACUGAGAACAUCAAGCCCUUCACCACCUACCUGGUGUGGGUUCGCUGCAUCUUCAACAAGAUCCUCCUGGGACCCUUUGCAGAUGUGCUGGUGUGCAGCACGUAGUGAGCGGGCCACAGUCAGGCCUCAGGGGGGUGAGAUGGCUCCUCCUGUUUGGCAUCCCUGGACCCACUGAUCCCGCUGUGGUGACUUCUGGGAACUGUUUAUUUAUUGAGCAGGCCUGUGCCUCCAUGUUGUCUUACUGCAUCUGGGGUGUAGUGUUCCCAACACUCCUCUUCAUGCUGGAGAGCUGGGACCCCUCUCCCCUUCUCCCUUUCUGAUCAUCCAUACCCUGGAGAAGUUCCUUAGUGGGCAGGAGGAGGAGGAAGGAAAGUGAGAAUCCCAAGGAAACUCUCUGGCUAGGUGAUCAUGCUUUUCCUACUGACCCCUCUGGUAUCCAGGUUUCUGGAAACUGAGUAAUCGUGGGGUUUGUUUGGAUGGGUGGUUCAUCAGCUUCCAUCCCCAUGAAGUUUAUCUGUAGCCCAGUGAAGGGUGUGUUUGGAACAUUCAUUAAAUGAUUCUAAUCAGCUUG